GUUAAGAAAAAAGAAAGAAGAAAUAAUCUGGACAUAGAUAUCUUAUUAGAAAAGCUCUCUGACGUUCAGAGAGCUUAUAAACAGUGUAAAUUGUUUCUUUGGCGUGUAUGGAGCUUCCCGCUAUUUGCUCGCGAAGCUUUGGAGUAGGUAACUUGCUGUUCUGCGUUAGACAUCGCGUUUACUCUCAUAAGAAGUAUUCCAAGAAUGGAAUUACCAUUAAGUAUAUAGAUCUCCAGAAGCACAUCAGAUCAGAAAAGGCGUAUUCAUCAACGAGUGCUCGAGGCACCAUUUAUUGUUCAAAUCAGCAGGAAAGCAAUGCUGUCUUGCCUUCUGAUCAUAUUGGAGUUGGUGCAAAAGUGAUUUUUGCUGCUGCACCCGCAAUGGGUCAUAAUCAGUCAGCCACAAAAAGUUUUCAGGAAUCACAUCCAGAAUGCAACUCUAGAGUUCCUGCAAUUUUGACAGCUCUGGAAAAGAUGAAACUGACUUCUAAGUUUCGAGGCUCAGAUAUCGUAGAAGUGCAGAAUUUCAGACCAGCUACAAUUGAUGACAUAGCAAGUGUUCAUGCUGGGGCAUAUAUCUCAGGGCUUGAGAAGGCUAUGGAUCAGGCUUCAGAGAAAGGUCUAAUUUUCAUCGAAGGAUCUGGACCAACAUAUGCUACUGCCACAACAUUUCAAGAGUCAUUAUUUGCAGCUGGAGCUGGAAUUUCGUUGGUUGAUUCAGUGGUGGCAGCAUCGAAAGUUAGGAAGGAUCCUCCUAUCGGUUUUGCGCUCAUUCGACCUCCUGGUCACCAUGCUGUUCCAAAGGGGCCCAUGGGCUUUUGUGUCUUUGGAAAUAUUGCUAUUGCUGCUCGUUAUGCUCAACGAAUGCAUGGAUUGAAGCGUGUUUUUAUCAUAGAUUUUGAUGUUCAUCAUGGAAAUGGAACCAAUGACGCCUUCUAUGAGGACCCAGAUAUAUUUUUCCUUUCUACCCACCAAGCUGGAAGCUAUCCUGGGACUGGCAAGAUAGAUCAAAUUGGUCGGGGAAGUGGUGAAGGAUCAACACUGAAUCUCCCUCUACCAGGAGGAUCAGGUGAUACAGCAAUGCGAAAGGUGUUUGAUGAAGUUAUUGUACCAUGUGCUCAAAGGUUCAAGCCAGAUAUAAUCCUUGUUUCAGCUGGGUAUGAUGCCCAUGUGUUGGAUCCACUUGCCAGCCUGCAGUUCACAACAGGAACAUAUUACAUGCUAGCCUCUAACAUUAAGCAACUUGCCAAAGAUUUAUGUGGAGGGCGUUGCGUGUUUUUCUUAGAAGGGGGUUAUAAUCUCAGUUCUCUGUCAAAUUCAGUUGCGGACUCGUUUCGUGCCUUUCUUGGGGAGCAGAGCCUGGCUGCAGAGCUAGAUGAUCCAGCGUACUUGCACGAAGAACCAUUGAACAAGGUGAAGCAGGCAAUAGAAAAGGUGAAGCACAUACAUUCCUUUUGAAAGCUUUUCUAGAAUUAGUAUACAGCUUUGUAUAGGGCACCAGGAACUUUCUAAAUUUAAUAUACGUCAUUAUAUAGAACACCAUUUUUCCUGGUGUCAUACCUUACGGAGAAAAGCAGUUUGUACAUUAUUUUUAUUAAUUUUUCUUAAUUGUUAAGAACAAGAUGAGGCAAUAAAAGUUGGUACUUCUUUUCUUUUUU